CGUUUCCUAUUUACUUGAAGCGAAUAUGGCACUAUAUUAUUAAGUAUGUACACGUAACAAUUGAUAAGACUGUAUAAGGGACAUAGUCGCCAGAAGCCAAGUACGAUAUCAUACAAACAAGACGUUGAGUGGUAGUAGUCGAGACCUGUAGUGAACAUAUCCCGCCAACAGAAGGCGGCGUGCAGCCGAGCAGAACAAAGACUAGUAGGAUUGGAGAGGUACUUUUCCCGCCAAAAUCAGUUGGAAGCUUACAAGCAGUCGUCUAUGAUCGAUAAAGUCCGCAGGCGCCUCGUUAAAUUGAAUAACCUGCGCACGACAGGAAGGGCAGGUUAUAAAUCGCAAAAAGACCGAGGUUUUCCGAUAUCAGAUUUAGACAACGACGCGUAUAGAGACAUUGGCAAUAUUCCUGUGCUUACGGAUCGCAGUACGCAAAACAACCGAGGCGAAAAAUUCGGCUAUUCAAAAUAUCCGAUACAUGGAGUGUACUCAAAUAGAAAUAAACCUGUGCAUGACAAUGAACAGAGUUAUUUGAGAAGUGAUUGUAAGACAAGAACAAAGCUAACCAAGGGAUAUGAUCAUAAAUAUUUAAAUUCGCGUCAUGUAAAGUUAGAAAGUUUGCCGAUACGAAGCGGUAAAGUUGAUAAGAAUGAAAGCCUGCCGAUAAUUCCAUGCCAGGAGGAUUUCGAUAAGUUAAACGGUUCUAAUCGCUCUUUGAACGGAAAGGCGAAAUUGAAUGAACAUCAACUGAAGAACGCGAGUUAUAAACGAGCGAUUGCUUUAGCGAAAUCGGACCGAAUUGCGAGCGUUUACGUCGCAUUAACAGGACAAAAAGCGCGUUACACUUCAGCUGAAACUUCGUCACAAUCUCAUGGCCACAGGGCGGCCUACAAAACAGUGAGGUUUAUGAAUGGGGCCGAUGAUAAUAGCAUUACACCUUCGCCAUCGAAGACGGUUAAACCGCUAUUUACAACUAACACACGAAAACUGCAUAAUUUCGUGAAACUCGCAACCUUGAGUUCAGACAGGAAAUGAUAAAGAACAGAUAAUUAUGAUAGAGGAUGAUGAAUGUUGCUAUUCGGAUUUUAAAGUAAUGUGAAAAACAGCGGUAAUUAUUUCUCAUCGGUGUUUGUUGUACGCGUGUGUUAUUUACGCAAGAUCAAGAAGUGAUAGUGUGAACUAGUUUCAUUUUGUAGAGGGUAAUUGUUUUAUUAAAUGAACCGAACCUAUCGCUAGUAAAUCGUAAUACGGACAACUGAUUUUGUAACGUCAGUUUCGGGAUGUAUUCAUUAAGGUGUGAAGAAUCAGAGUUGAGACUUAACGGAUUUUAAAGCAAAGUAAAGAACACCUGCUGUGCGAACCUGAAGACUGUAUUGUGAUGUUAGCAAGCUGCUAAUUUGUGAUAACUUGCGCGGUUUCAGGAAGGUUUGAAUAAUAAAUAACACGGCUGCUUGGGGGAAGAAUAUGUUCCAGUAAACACGUGGUUCUUCACCUCAUAUCAAUAGGAGGCGAAUUUAGUUUCCGAUAUUUUCGUCAUCAUCUGCCUAGUAUCUUUAAUUAUCUACCGGUUAUUGUUUGAUGUGGAUUUCGGUGUAAAUACGUCAACAACCGAACUAAGUUGCACAAAAACGUUUUAUAUUUAGCAAUAUACAUAUAAUUAUGAGUGUGAGUGACUAAUGACUCUCGUACACACGCUACAAAAGUGGAAUCUUACAUAAUUAAGCGUUUUUUAUGUGUUUAUUAAAAAAAGUUUAUGUUUGACAAUGAUAGGAAUAAUAUCUGAUGACUGUAUUUAAAAAUGUUUGAAGUAAAUUCAAACCAUAAAUUAGAAAUACAAACUGUCAACAGCAAAGCAAUGCAGAUAAACGUUUAGUACAAGAAAUUAGGAAUUAAGGCAAUAACCAUUUGUGGUAAAUAAUCCAGCUAUCCUUGUUUGCAUAGUGCAUUGUUGAUGCGUUUGUGAUUGUGUUGGUCCGUGCUAAUUUAUAAACAUGGAAGCUCAGCCAGGUUCUCAAAUUGUGAAAAGUUCUUCAACUGAUAACGUUAAACAACCGCUACAUUCCAUUCUCGUGAACGGGAACACGGACGAUGAUUUUUUCAAGGUGGCAAAGUUUCGGCCCAGGGCAAAUACGGAGCCCACACCUCCAAAGCCCAAGUUACGGGUGCACUUUGAUCUUCCCGACAUAGUCGUGGAUGACUGUAGUGACAAUGAACAGGACGUCAUCGACACCUCGAGGCCUGAGGAAAUCAACAAAGAACUCGCUAAUACGGCAGAGGGGGCAUUUUUCGUCUUCAAAUCUCCACCGAGACAGCGUUCGAACACGUGUCCCAUUAACAUGUUUGGAGGAUCGAAACCUCGUAAAAACCGACCGCCUACCCCUCCACCUAAAGACAGAAUUCCCCAAGGGAAUCUCCAACGGUAUCCUUCGUGGGAAAAGGUGGACUUUGCUCCACAUACUCUGUGUAGUGUUGAAGAAGCAAAGGAAAUAAAUCAGGACAAUAAACCGUCGGGAUCAGAGUUGGAACACCGCUCGAGGAGGUCUUCCGCAAAUAAACAUGUAAAACCCCGGUCGAGUAUACCUGCGUCAGACUCUCCUUCCGGUUCACCUAAACGGACUCAUGUGAGGCUUAGCAACGGUCACGUCGCACAUAAGACUGGGAAUGCCAUUGAUAUUACAAGUUGAUCAGUAAUUGAUCCAAUUACAUACCUUUGAAAUUAAACGCUGUAUAUGGUUAUUUAUUUCACAAAAUGUCUUCUAAGUAUGUCUUUCUGUCACCAUUACAACGGUGAUCGUAUAAGUGUGUAGAUAAUGAAGAACUUAUGUCAUUCAAAAUAUGUUGUUUUAUAGCAUGGCUGUAUAUUGAUUUAUAAUCUCCCUUUAAAUUAUUGUGUACAUUAUCAUAGCAACGAAUCAAACAAUUGUGACUCUUUUAAGGUUUAAAUUACAAAAUUAUUAAUUAUCAUAUUAUUGCAUAUAACCAUCAGAGGUGUGAAGCUUCAAAUACAACUAUAACUAUAUAUAUGAUAGUUACAUGCAUACUGCGCAGGAGGCUUUAUAAUUAAUAAUGCGUUCUAUACCACUUUAUGUUUUUCGUAAAACAAUUCAUGCAAUUUAUUGUAAAAAAACUGGUUCGAUUUGAGCGGUACUUGUUAAGUGUUUACAUCUUAAGAGCUGUUUAUGCUACUUUGUCGCUAUAAUAAUGACAUCAAAUUGUCAUUUUUACAAAUGGUGAUUAGAGGGGCCCAGUUGUUGAUCAUUUACCUGUGACAUUUAUGGUCAGAUAUCACGGAAACAAACGUCAGUACAAUUUUACCCAUGUUUACGAAAUUGUUCUCAUGUUUCAUCUUUUCGGCAAAAUAGGAAUGAAAUGUAUACUAUUGCAUUAAAAAAUCUGCAUUAAAUUGAACUAUAUACAGUGCUAUAUUAUAAUAGUUAAUAUUAAGUUUUAAAGUUUUAAUGAAAAUCUCUAUACUUCGUGUAGAUACUUAAAAUGACAAAAAUACAUACAACCGUUGAAAAUCUGGUGUAAUUGACCAUCUCUUUUUAGGGUAUGGUAUGGGUAGGCCUAUCAAAUAACUGGCGUGUGUAUCACUUAACGUAAUGGCAUUCUGUAUGAAACAGACUUUUUGAAACUUAAAUAAUGAUUUAGAAAUAUUCAAUCGCAUUUACUGUUCGUUGUCUAAAUUGCACAUUGUGCAAAGUUUAUUUUAGAAAACGUAUUUCCAACCUGCUAUGAACUGCAUUUAUGCGUAUAUUUCGAUUUAUUAAUUGUUUUAAUAUAUAUAUAUUUAUUAUAUAUAUAUUUGACGAAUUCUACAACGCAUUAUGCAUGACGCUACACGCUUUUGUGACCUUUGCCCGCCUUUGUUAAGUUGUCGAUGUUAUCAGCUGUUUAUACCAUUCCCGACUUAAUGAAUUGCCGUUGAGACGACAAUUAUCAGGGAUAUAAUAGCACAUGAAUAAUAAACGAUACAUACUGAUAAAUAGUCAUAAGACAAUAUGGCUGCGCAUUAUGAACUACAUUCACAUGAUCAGAUUAGCUAAAAAGCAAUAUUAGGAAUAAUAAGUUCACUAAUUUGUGAAUAAUUCCUUUAUGUACCAUUGACACAUCCCGACACGAAUGUUGUAUAUGAAAAUUAUAAUACCGAUAGUUGUACAAGCUAUGGUCACGGUAUAGUAACGUGUAAGAUAAAUUUCUUUAUUGGACAAGGAGACAUGUAUUUUGAUAUAUUUUUUAAAUGUAAAUGUAGUUUGAACGUUUGACCUACAUGUUUUCACAUUAUUGAUCGAUUCGAAAAACAUCGGUCUGUCAACUGUUUCUGUUUCACUGUGUACUCAUAAUGUAUCUAUCUAGACCCGUGUUCACAUUAGGGAAGACUUCAGAACAUUCCUUUAACUAAAACAAUUAAUUAAGACUCUGGCAGUUUAUGUAUAUAAACAGGUAUAUGUUUAAAAGAGUUCAUAUUGCUUCACUGAUUAAUAUUUCAACCUUUUGUGAGAAGAAAACAUCCGUUUUCUUCAAGACUACUUGAUCUGAAAAUUUCCGUUAUGUACAACUUAAGUUUGAAUUUCCUUAAGGAGCUUUGUGAAAAAUGGCCCUAUAGACAUUAAUUAACAACCACGCCCUUCGUAUGUUCGUCAAAGGGUUAACAUUUAAUCGAUUAACUAUGUAGCCCUGUACGGUUUUUACCAUUUUAAAUAUAUGAGUCUUGUUCUGAGAAAACUGGGCAUAAUGCAUGUGCGUGAAGUGUCGUCCUAGAUAAGCUUGUGCAGUCCGCACAGGCUAAUCAGGGGCGACACUUUUCGCCUAAAUUGGAUUUUUGCUAAGAAGAGACUUCAUUUAAACGAAAAAUGUCAUAAAUGUGGAAAGUGUCGUCCCUGAUUAGCUUGUGCAGACGGCACAGGCUAAUCUGGGACGACACUUUACGUAAAUGCAUUAUUUUUCUCAGAACGCGACUCAUAUAGAAUUAUGGGUAAAUACAACCCUUUAUUAAUAGUCCUACUUUCGCCAAUUAUUACAUCGACAGACAAAAUGUUAUUUACCCUUAUUACUCUCGUAUUGUUUACCCUUAUUACUCUCGUAUUGUUAAUAGAAAGGAAUAACAUUUCAAUGAACCCUUUUCUGUAACAAUCUUAGAUUGGUCUUUAAAUUUUAUCAUGUUUAAGCAUAUUUGUUUUCAACUACUAUUGCUUUGCUCUCCCAUCCGUUUUAAUCCUUUGUGGAUAGUUCCGUUCAGACCAGCAGUAUUAUCCAGCGCUAGUUUUUAUUAAAUUUGAAUUAACUUACUGAUAAUUGCAUUUUUUUCUCUGCUCAUGGGACCAACAGUGUAAGUGACUUUGUGAAUGUUAAAAUCAUUGAAUAAUUGACCUAAUACUAAAGGUUGUUAUAGUUUGAACUUUAUUUGUAUCAUUGCGCAUUUUAUAUGUAUCUAAGAUUGUUUAUGUUACAAAAUAAUGCCUGUGUUGUUGUUUUUCAGCGUAUUUAUGUGGCACAUACUUCUUUUGCUGAGGUUGCAUGGAUAUAUAAACACAUCAAUACACCACUCAAUGAUGUAACAUAAAUGUCAAAUUACUAUAAAAAAAGAACACUUAAAUAUGAUAACAUCGCAAACGGAUAAUUUUAAUUAUGAGUUCUCAACAGUUAUGAAUCAUAAAUGAUUGUUUGUAGUAUUUAGUGUCCAAUAAUACUUGAUUUGUCGUGUAUAUGCCUCUGUUAAAACAAGUUACAAGCCCACACAUAAAUCGCAGAACACCGGGCUUUAUUCAUAUUCGAAUAAUAUCGUCCCAUGUAAGCCUGUGCAGCCCGCACAGGCUAAACGGGGACGACACAUUCCGUUUAUAUGGAUUUUUUUCGUUUAAAAGGAUUCUCCAAACGAAAAUGCAGUCUAGCUGAAAUUUUCGUCCCUGAUAAUUAUGUGCGGGUUUCACGGGCUAGUCUGGUACGAUACGUAACUCAAAUGCUAAAACCCGGUUUUCGCAGAAACCAUUGUUAUAAUAACUGCGUUCAAGAAUAUUUGUUGACAAUCAUUUAUAUCAAUUAGAAAUGUGCAGACAUCUAAGUAUGUACGAUAUCUGCCAGAAACAUAUAUUGCUAAAUAUGUAGUCAAGUAAUCGAAAAAAUACAGCGUGAUCAUCUCGA